AUGAUCACCGGGCCCAUGGAAUUUCACCCAUACGACCUGCCGCUGCCGAACCAGAUCUUGCCCUGUGCGAUUCUCAACGAGGAGGCGACGGGUCUUGUGGCCGAGCUCGAAGCAAAGGGCAAGGACUCGGCGCUGGGGAAGCUCGGCUAUGAGAUCAAGGAGCAGAAGAACGUCUUCAUGUGGGCGAUGUGGGUCUCCAUCUCCGCAUACCUCAAGGACUUCGGGUACCGGCAGUCGGUCCAGGUGCAGUACCAGGCCGUGCCGCAGGACGACGGCUCUCUCGGCGACAACGAGCCGAAGCCGGUCAACGUCUUUAGCUGGGUCGCCGUCAUCUUUUGCCUCAUCCUCGUGGCCUUCGAGAUCCUCCUCCUCGAGUGCAUGAUGGUGGAGAACUUUUUGGCGGAGGUGCCCCACACCCUCACCUGGGUCGAGUGGUGGUACCUCGACGAGCCGUUCCUGCCGCGCUUCAUCUGGAUCGUCGGCAAGCUCAUCGUGAUCCCGCUGGCGAUCGGCGACGCGAUCAACAGCGAGCCGCUGCUGUCCGUCGUCGUCAUCUCGUACUUUGCGCUGGUCACCGCCAUCCUCAUCUCGGCCGAGAGCACCGGCAACGCCCCCUCCGACUGCUCCCGCACCACCCACGGACCUGCACCCACACUGGGCAACGCCCUCUCCGACUUCGGAAUCAUCUUUGCCAUCUUCGGCUUCCUCCAAGCGACCGACAGCCGCGGGAUGGGCUUCAUUGCCGGCGCGGCGUGCCUCGACCCGACGACGUACCUCGCGACGACAAAGUGGAUCGGGCUGUGGACUUUCGCCCUGAUGAUCCUGUUCCACGCCUACGGCCCUAGAUGCGGGACACACGGACGCGCGGACUCAGCUGUCUUCUCGCUGCUUUCGUGGCCCUUAUCACUCACGGUCUACUACACGCCGCUGUACUCGUGGGUGGUGCCCGUCUCCAACAUCUACUUUGCGGUCAUCUGGCAGACGUAUCCGUACUGCCUCGACGGCUGGCCGAUCUGCUUCCCCCACGGCGGCCCGUGCCUCUUCUGGGCGCAGUUUGGGACGAGCCUCGCGUGGACGUCCCUCUUUGUGCUGCGGUAUGGCUGCUUCCUCUUCCCGUGCGCCUGCGCGCCAGAGCUGCCGGGCUGGUUCUUCUUCCCGCCCUCCAAUCACCUCGAGAGUCCGCUCGGAAGGCAGGGCCAGUGGGACACGCGCUACAUUGCGCUCUUUGCCGAACGCCUCUUUGGACGCUCGGGCAUCGGCUGGGACUGGGACAGCUGCGAGUGGGAGCCAAAAGACAUCGACUACGAGCGCUUCUACCACGGGCCGCAGCAGACCGCCGACCAGCGCGCGGCAGGCUGGGAGCAGCGCCUCGAGCUGCUGGAGGCGCGCGUGCUAGGGAGCCAAGGCGCCGGGCAAGGGGUGGGCGGCGGCGUGGGGAGCCAGUUGAGACAUACGUGGUGA